CGUCGACAGCGGCGACAUGCUGGUCGACAUCAACGACCGCGACGACGAGGGAGUCUUCGUCACCGGCACGGGACGGCGCCUGUCGGACAUCGAGUUCCACGACUGGCUGCCCGGGCAGCCGGACGACGGGGGUGGCGGUGCCGGCGCCGGAGAGGACUGCGUGGCGCUGCACUCGCACGGCUUCCUGGCCGACGUGUCCUGCGAGCUGCCGCUGCGCUACGUCUGCGAGUGGCUGCCGUGACCGCUGCGCCCGCUUCGUCACCAGCCAGACACCGCCUCUCACAGCCGCGCACAAACGAUAUCUCAGGAGAGACCGUGUACUUUUCAGAGGAAUGGACCUAUUUGUGUACACACAUUCGCGGAGGAAACUAGGUUCCCGAUACUGUCUCGUGUUCAAGGACCUUCAACAAUGAAAACAGGAAAUUAAAUUCCAUUAUAAUCGAAGAGGAAACUCUUUUUCGUUCAUUACUCCACAGUGACUACUAAAUAAUUGAUAUUAUCUGACCAACGCUUAAAAUUAGAAGAACCGUACAGGUCAAUCUGACCGGUGAGUGUUGUUUAAUAGUUCAAUAAUGAAUAAACAUCGUAAGUAUUAAUUUAAGGGGAUUAUAUUUCAUGAGCAUUAGUAUACUUUGGUGAUUUACAAUUUCUGCAAAAGACAAACAUCUGUUACAAAAGCUGAACGAUUUGCAGAAAUUAGGACGGCUGCCGGUCAAUUUGACCAGUGUCAUAUUUUUUAGGUUUCGUGCUUCUAAAAAGCGUAAUGAUGGAUUUUUACUUCCGCUUAACUUAUUCUGUUUCAUUGUUGUGAUCUCGUUCCCUGUUUUUCUUUACAUUUAAUUUAAUUUAGUGGAACAUUGGACAUACCUCAGUUGCUGUGCUCUGCCAAUGUAUUGUUGCGCUGUCAAGAAGUUUAGGGUCCGUCAUUAUUAUGGUGCAUCGGUGUUUUCAUUCAGAUGAGCUUCUACAUUUCCAUAAAUUUUGAACCAACAUCCUGGAGCAGAUGUCUCGUCUUUACACUGCACAAUAUGGCUGUCGCAGAUGGCCUUUGCACAUUGUUUUCAGUGUGCUAGACCUUGCCGGAAUCAGCGCACGGAUCCUUUACGGGAGGCAACAGGAGGAAAAGUUAGCUGCUCACUAUUUCUUUCCAGUUUAACAGAAGAACUCUUCUCUUUGUAUGUAUCAUCAACGAAAGUGCCUGUUCAUACAUUCACUGUGACUACUGAAAUAUGUAAGGUACAGUGAGGAACACCUGCCAAAUAGGAGGAUGCAGAGAUUCAAACAAAACUGAAAGUCUCUGUGUGUCGAUGCAAGAAAUUCAUACGUGGUCCACGUGUGGGAAGUGUUCAGUAAGGGUGUGCACAGUGUUUUGAUAAAGAUGGUGGCUUUGACUGACAUGUCACAGCGAAGGACAAUGUUAUUUCCUCGUAAUUGUCACAGCAGUUAAUGAAAAUUACUCUUUGUAUUUCGUAAUAAAUAUAUUUUUAUAGCCUGUUUGGGGCUUCGAUUGAUAACAAGUCAUAGAGGUAAAAGUGGUAUUUUAUAAUUACAUGUUUAUUUGUAUUUUAAGUUUAGUAAUACAGUCUACUUUUGUGAAUAUUGUAUUUAAGCUGUGUUUUUUACUGCGAUUGUCUUCUUUACUUAAUUAUAGUUGUUAUAGAAAAAUGUAAGCAGAACACAUUGUAUUAAACAACUUAAGGUUGAGA